CUUAAACAAGUUCUUAAGAGGAGCAUGAUGGAGGUGGCGAAGUACUUGUCUCGCAUUGGGUUCACUGGUUCUGCGGUUCAGCCCAGUUUGGAGCUGCUGCGGUCCGUUCAUAUCUGCCAUCUGCUGUCGGUACCGUUCGAGGACCUGACGGUCCACAGCGGCGGAGAGGUCCGCCUCGACCUCCAGCUCAUCUACGACAAGAUCGUGAACAAACGUCGUGGAGGAUUUUGCUACGAGAACAACGCUCUGUUCUUCUGGCUGCUGACUCACCUGGGCUUCCACGUAACCAUGAUGUCCGCGCAGGUGAGGAAUAACAUCACGGAGAUGUACGGACCCCCGUUCGACCACCUGAUUCUCCUGGUGACCGUGGAGGGGCGUCGGUGGCUGUGCGACGUGGGGUUCGGACCUUCAGGAUUCAGUGAUCCGCUGUCCUUGGACACUGAGGGUCUUCAAGAAGAGGGCCACCGAGUUUAUCGCAUCAGGACGAGUCAGGAGAUGCACUUCUUAGAGUGGCAGGAGGAGAACCGAGGAAAAGAUGGAGACUGGACAGAAAUCUACAAGUUCACGCUCAGUUCUCGGUGUCUGGAGGACUUCACGGAGAUGUGUCAGUACCACCAGAGCUCUCCCAGCUCCAUCUUCUUCUGCAAGUCCUUCUGCACACUUUUAAGGCCCUCUGGGAGGCUGACUUACAUCGGCCAUAGGCUGAUAACCGUCACGUUCCCGUCAGAGGCCACAGGUGGAAAGCUGGAAAGCACAACCAUAGAGCUUAAGGAUGAGGAGAUCCCUGCAGUCUUAGCAGAAAAGUUUGGAAUUGUCCUUUCCUCUCCACUCAUCCCAAAGGAUGAUCCCAUCACUCCACCAGCUGUUAGGUACUGAUGCCAUUAUCAUCCCACUAACUCAUUAAAACAAAAACUUUUUCAAAUCAUAGUUUUGAUUGUAGCAUGGUUGUGCCCCCUCUGGACAUGCCUGGUUUCGGAAGAUAAGCAGGGCCUGGUUGGUCCUUUGAUGGGAGACCUGAGAAUACUGCAAAUACAUGGAGGCACUCUUCAGGGUUUCCACGUGCAUGUCCCAAGUCUGGCUCAGGAAAAUUGACUGUACAGUAUCUGAGAACUGGACCGAGUGAGUGUGACAUCUCUGAUAAAAAAUGGCUCACUUGCCUCCAGCAAAAUGAAGUCAAUUCAGUUACCUUUUUUUGUGUGAAGUAGAUGCCGCUACAUUGGAGCCACACAUCAUAAGUAAAGUUGAAGUUAAACUAA